AGGUCAGUCGCAGGGAGCGGUCGCGUGCGAGGGUCGCGGCGAUGCCCCUGGAGUGCCCGAGGAGCCCUCUCCCGCGCCGGCCUCGCGUCCGCGUCUGUCAGGCAGCGUGCGGGGCUCGGUGCUCGCAGCGCUCGGGUUUGAAGUUGGGGGUGGGGGGCGUGGCUGCCCCCGGCGUCGGUUCCUCCCCGCAAAGCUUCGCCCCAGUUUUCGCCCCCUUGGCCGUGCGUCCCUCCCACUGGCCGACGGGCCUCCCUUCGUGGCGUCCGCGUUCGUGAUGCUCUCGGGGCCGGGGGUGGAGAGUUAGGAGUCCCCAGGCCUUGGGGAAGCUCUUGGGGGGCGCUUGGACAGAGGCGAGGGGACCCAACCCUCACUGUUGGUGGAUCGUGCCCGGCAUAGUGGCCAGGCUCCGGGGCUUACCCAGGGGACCAGGACAGGCUCCUGGUGUCGCCCACCGCUGGCACUGAGCAGUGGGCGCCUUUGGGUGCUGCGAUCCUUCCUUCAGUUUUCAGUGGGAAUGGACGGACAGAUCUAGAGUUGAAAAUUCUUUUCUCAACUCACGUUCAACUAUGUGUGUUGCCAAAAUACUCUUAAUGAGGAGUCAUUGAGAGGACGAAGAAGAGACCUAAGCCAGCUCAGCCCAUUUUUAACCCUCUGCUAUAGAUCAGGCACUGUAUUAGCCUCUGAAGCAGUCAAUUAUUGGUGUGAACAUACAUUUAAAAAACAUAUGGAGUCAAGAGUGCAAGAAUGUCAACUCAGUGCAAGUACUGUUGCUGAGCAUUAUGUACUGAGGAUGAAAUCGGAGGACCAACAGGCCCAGGAGGCUUCACAACGAACACCACAUGCCUCACGCCCAAAAGGACAGCAGACCACGCUUCAGAAUGGAACCGCUUUCUCCAUGUAAACUUUUGACAUAAACUUUAUGCUUCAGGGUGGCCUCUUCUGCUCCAAGAGCCUCUCCUUCCACGUCCCGAGUUUGGGAAUGGCCCGGCCCGGCUCAGGCCCAGGCGGUGGAGGCCUCGGUGUGGCAGCGCGGUGCUUGUCCGUGUUCCCAGGAGUCCGGGUUCAGAAGCCCCCCCUCUGGUGUAAUGGAUAGGUAACAGAGAAGACUUCGUCCCUUCCUAGUCAGGGCAUCAGCAUGACUGAGUGCUUCCUGCCCCCCACCAGCAGCCCCAGUGAACACCGCAGGGUGGAGCAUGGCAGCGGGCUUACCCGGACCCCCAGCUCUGAAGAGAUCAGCCCUACUAAGUUUCCUGGAUUGUACCGCACUGGCGAGCCCUCACCUCCCCAUGACAUCCUCCAUGAGCCUCCUGAUAUAGUGUCUGAUGAUGAGAAAGAUCAUGGGAAGAAAAAAGGGAAAUUUAAGAAAAAGGAAAAGAGGACUGAAGGCUAUGCAGCCUUUCAGGAAGAUAGCUCUGGAGAUGAGGCAGAAAGUCCUUCUAAAAUGAAGAGGUCCAAGGGAAUCCAUGUUUUCAAGAAGCCCAGCUUUUCUAAAAAGAAGGAAAAGGAUUUUAAAAUAAAAGAGAAACCCAAAGAAGAAAAGCAUAAAGAAGAAAAGCACAAAGAAGAAAAACAUAAAGAGAAGAAGUCGAAAGACUUGACAGCAGCUGAUGUUGUUAAACAGUGGAAGGAAAAGAAGAAAAAGAAAAAGCCAAUUCAGGAGCCAGAGGUGCCUCAGAUUGAUGUUCCAAAUCUCAAACCCAUUUUUGGAAUUCCUUUGGCUGAUGCAGUAGAGAGGACCAUGAUGUAUGAUGGCAUUCGGCUGCCAGCCGUUUUCCGUGAAUGUAUAGAUUACGUAGAGAAGUAUGGUAUGAAGUGUGAAGGCAUCUACAGAGUAUCAGGAAUUAAAUCAAAGGUGGAUGAGCUAAAAGCAGCCUAUGACCGGGAGGAGUCUACAAACUUGGAAGACUAUGAGCCUAACACUGUAGCCAGUUUGCUGAAGCAGUAUUUGCGAGACCUUCCAGAGAAUUUGCUUACCAAAGAGCUUAUGCCCAGAUUUGAAGAGGCUUGUGGGAGGACCACGGAGACUGAGAAAGUGCAGGAAUUCCAGCGUUUACUCAAAGAACUGCCAGAAUGUAACUAUCUUCUGAUUUCUUGGCUCAUUGUGCACAUGGACCAUGUCAUCGCAAAGGAACUGGAAACAAAAAUGAAUAUACAGAACAUUUCUAUAGUGCUCAGCCCAACUGUGCAGAUCAGCAAUCGAGUCCUGUAUGUGUUUUUCACGCAUGUGCAAGAACUCUUUGGAAAUGUGGUACUAAAGCAAGUGACAAAACCUCUGCGAUGGUCUAACAUGGCCACGAUGCCCACGCUGCCAGAGACCCAGGCAGGCAUCAAGGAGGAGAUCAGGAGACAGGAGUUUCUUUUGAAUUGUUUACAUCGAGAUCUGCAGGGUGGGAUAAAGGAUUUGUCUAAAGAAGAAAGAUUAUGGGAAGUACAAAGAAUUUUGACAGCCCUCAAAAGAAAACUGAGAGAAGCUAAAAGACAGGAGUGUGAAACCAAGAUUGCACAAGAGAUAGCCAGUCUUUCAAAAGAGGAUGUUUCCAAAGAAGAGAUGAAUGAAAAUGAAGAAGUUAUAAAUAUUCUCCUUGCUCAGGAGAAUGAGAUCCUGACUGAACAGGAGGAGCUCCUGGCCAUGGAGCAGUUUCUGCGCCGGCAGAUUGCCUCAGAAAAAGAAGAGAUUGAACGCCUCAGAGCUGAGAUUGCUGAAAUUCAGAGUCGCCAGCAGCAUGGCCGAAGUGAGACUGAGGAGUACUCCUCUGAGAGCGAGAGCGAGAGUGAGGAUGAGGAGGAGCUGCAGAUCAUUCUGGAAGACUUACAGAGACAGAACGAAGAGCUGGAAAUAAAGAACAAUCAUUUGAAUCAAGCAAUUCAUGAGGAGCGCGAGGCCAUCAUCGAGCUGCGCGUGCAGCUGCGGCUGCUCCAGAUGCAGCGAGCCAAGGCCGAGCAGCAGGCGCAGGAGGACGAGGAGCCUGAGUGGCGCGGCGGUGCCGUCCAGCCGCCCAGAGACGGCGUCCUCGAGCCAAAAGCAGCUAAAGAGCAGCCAAAGGCAGGCAAGGAGCCGGCAAAGCCAUCGCCCAGCAGGGAUAGGAAGGAGACGUCCAUCUGAGCAGCCUGUGCGGCCGUCUGGAGUCCGCAAGACUGAAAGGACCCGUGCAUCUUACUGUAACCUGGGGGCCAGGCCGGCUCUCUCACUGUACAUUCUGUAAAGGUGUCUUCUCUUCUCAGACUCUUCCUCUGUCACACGUCUGACUCCUUUGCGUCAGGCUCAGGUUCCACGGGAGGACGAAGCAGUGGACGCAUUGUGGGCUUUAGGGACAGAUGAGUUUUCCAGAUAGUGUCAGCUUAUUUGAAGAUUAAUUUUCUUUGUUAACUUAAAAUAACUAUUUUAACCCUUGAGUGGCUUCUUUUUAAACCAAAAAUCGUCUUUCUUUGCUUUUUUAUCACAGCAGAAUCAGGAUCUCUUUCUCAUUGAAGGGGGGAACCACACCAGGUCAGUGCUGCGCCUGCUGUGGCCGCCGCGAGCCACGCCCUCCGGGAUCUCUGGUACCGUCACUCUUGCUUGUGCCUUCCACACCUUCUCGGUGCAGAUCCCUAUGGGGGAGCUGCCUCACGUUCUCUGACUGGUCAGAGCAGCGCCUGGUGGGUGUUCCCUGGCCCACUCUCCUCUCUCCUGCAGUUCUAAACCACAGUCCAUAAGCCCGAGUCACCAGGACGGCCUAUCUGGCCACAGACAAGGGGCUGCCCAGCAGCGCAGGCCAGCGGGCAGGAGGCCGCCCGUUCCUGCCAGUUCCUCACUGCGGGGACCAGCAAAGGCCUUCUCACUGGGUUGGUCAAAGUCACCUUGGCCUGGUGCAUCCACAGAGGAUGUUGUUCAAACCAGAAAUCUUUUAAACGACUGACCUUCCUUAAAAACAGAAUGACUCCGAUUGCUUGCUUGGGCUAGAAUGUACACGUCUCCUUGCCUGAAUAAGCCAUAUAUAUGCUCUUAAACAAAAGUUUGAAAUUAUCCAUAUUGUCUCAGUGAACCUACUGGUGGACUCCCAAUUGACAAGAUUGAGCAAUAGAAAAAAAUUCCUUUCCUUUGAAUGAUAGCUGUGAUUCACCCCACCCCAUUUUCUUGUUUCUGGUCCAUCCGAUGAGACGGAUGCAUUGAUGCUCUGAGGCUUCUGGGAGGCUGGGCCCUGGAGGCAACGUGCUGCAGGCGCACUCUGUUAGAGUGAAUAGCACCGUGAGACAGGCCAGGCUUGUGGCUCAGAAGACAAACCCCACACACACUCAAGGGGUUGAAAACAAACCCCACACGAGGGCUCUCUCCUCCUCCUAGGUAGUAUUUAUUUUCAGCACCUGUUUGAUGCAGUUUUUAAUCCUCUACCUAUUGCACUGUUGUGACUCGUUGGCCAUUAUUUGAUUUUUGUACGAAAAAAAGCUUUGUUAUAGAAAUCAGCAUACUAUUUUUUUAAAUCUGGAGAGAAGAUAUUCUGGUGACUGAAAGUAUGGUCGGGUGUCAGAUAUAAAUGUGCAAAUGCCUUCUUGCUGUCCUGUCGGUCUCAGUACAUUCACUUUAUAGCUGCUGGCAAUAUCGAAGGUUCCUUUUUUGUUUGUGUAAACUCUAAUUUCUAUCAAGGUGUCAUGGAUUUUUAAAAUUAGUAUUUCAUUACAAAUGUCUCAGCAUUGGUUAACUAAUUUUUGCCAGGACCAUUAUUGAUCAAGCAAAUAAAUUCAACAGCCAUUUGGGAAAAAGAAAA